AUGGAUGAAGAUAAGGCGAUUCAAAUUUUAGAAGCCGACCUGGGUUUCCUAGAUGCUCGUGAAGACCGGUUUAUUGCGGCUGAACGGCUCAAGUUUUUCCCAUCGGAGAAAGCAGCGGAUGCUAUCAUUCGGUUUGUCAGGAAAUUCGACAAAACAAAAAUGGACCAGUAUCUUCUUGAGGAUUACGUCUCUCGACGAAAGGCUGUUGAGACGCUCGGAAGACACAAGGGAGCGUUCAGGCGGCAACCGGUUGAAAAGUUGCUCUCUGAAUGCCUACACGACGGAGACCCUUAUAUGGUUGAAGUGGCUGUGUGGGCAGUUGCUGAGAUUGGGGUGGCAGAUGAUUCGAGCAUCCUACAGGACGUCAUGGGGGUGCUGGACAAUGACAAGGUCGAGAAGAGAGUGAUUAUUCAGACUCUGAUGCGCGCGUCGUACACACCGGCUUUAGAACGGAUUAAGGCGCUCGUUGACAGUUUAGAUGCGGCUGCAUCAAGCGCUGCUAUGACAGCGGUAGCUAUGUUGUCACCGGAGGCGCAGAGCAUGGAAGGGGUGGUGGAUUUUCUGAAAAGUGACGACCUGAAUGUGCGAAGAGCGGCGCUUGAGGACAUCACGGUCUCCAAAUAUGUGCCAGCCAUGGGUGAGGUUGCCGUUUGUCCCAAUUCGCUUGUGCUGCGAUCGCGCACAGUUCGGGUACUUUUGGAUGUGCGCAGGCAGGAAAAUGGAGGAAUGGAGGAUUCUCUUGAUGCGGACACAGCAGCGCUUGUAGAUAGAUUGAUUUGGGACCAUCCAGGAGAUCUGGACCUGCUUGGACAGAAAAAGGAGACGCGAAAAGCGAGGGAUGCCAGUCGCAACAUUCGACAACUGUACAAAAACGAUGCAAUUUUUGCAUACAUGGCUUCCAAAUGCCUUGCCGAAGACCACCGGGAGUCAGGCUCCUCGCAGGUCGGGGCUGAUGUGGUCAAGUCUUACAAUGAUUUGGGGUACUUUGAUUACUUUGGGGCAUAUCACGUGUACAAGACGCUUGGAUGGUUGAAACACGCAGAAGCGUACGACAUGCUGCUGGAGAAUGCAGAAAAGUUGCCGCCGCGAUUUUUCAACCAUCAAGCCGGAGCAGUGGUCGCUCUUGCUGAGCUAGGAAAGGCAGAGGCGAUACCAGUUCUGCACAAAGUGGGCGAAGAGGCAACAAUCUGGCAACUAAAGUACGCAUGCCUCCUUGCAUGUGAGCGCCUCGGAGACAAGGGUUAUCUGCGGUCACGGCUACAAAGCGAUGAAGACUGGCUCAUUCGUGCUCGUGCUAACUCGGCGUUGGACUUUGGGCAUCUCAGAAGUGGAUUUGAAAAGGAUGGUCAAUAA